GAUUGUGACGCGCGUUGUUUUCACCCACAGGUUCAUAACAUCAAAGAUAAAGUCGUCUUAAUAGUCGACUGCGUUGUUCCCACACCUGACAAUCUCGAUGACGCCUAAAGUUGAAAUCGAGGCGUAAGUCUUCAGGGACAAAAACGAGGGACGAAUCGCGCAUAAUUCACGAACCGUAAACCCCGCGCGUCACUGGGUUUGUAAACCACACCUGCGUCAGAAUGCAAGGGUUUUACCUCGGAAGUUUUACUAUGGAGAUUGGACGCAAUCACACAGACAGCCUGGAGAAACCCGGCUUUUAUUUAUUAUCUCAUUUAGAAAUCGUGCCGCACAUUAAGGGAUUAUGUCAGGGAACCCCCAGAGAUGUCAAAAAUCUUGUUCGCAGGAGUAAUUUGUGUUAUUAGGGCCAUGUAAGCUUGUUAGAAUCACAAUAGCUUGGCCAGCGCGUGUGAAAUGGGUGCAAAUGACUUGCUUUUGUUUGUUAAAAGCUUUGAAUUGGGCAGGAAACUGUAAUUUUUCUAGGCAUAUUUCCUGGCGAGGGGAAAUAAUUCCUAAGAGGGAUCGUUAUUGAAGAAAUAUUUUGCAUGCUUUGUUCACUAAAAGCCUCCGAGUGUUCUUAAGGCGCUUAACGCUCGACUAUCACAAACGAGACGAGGACGGGGACAGAGUAGUGGAAAAAAGACACGAAAACUAGCUCAAAACAAUAUCGAGAACCAAUUCAAUAUCGCUUCAGCCUCAGCUUAAUUAUUGAAGGGAAGGAGAUAAAAGGAAAACACAAAACGAACCCAUUGCUCUUUUCACCAAGGAAGUUCAGAAGGGUUAAGAUAAAUCAGUUAUUUAUAUCACGCGAGGAAACGCGGCCACGAGAUAGAAUCUGUUUGAAAGAGAGACUUUCUUUGAUAAGCAAGAACAUUCACCAGAUCGUUGGCACAUUUGCUUUGAGUGAAGACUUCGAGUUUGACGGGAGACGGCAUGGACGUCAGCGCUAACAAAAGUUCGCUGUGUGCAGAGCAACCAGGUGGGACUUUCAUCGCACAAGCUGUGUUCUUGAUUUUUAUUCUUCUUCUCACCGCGAUCGGCAACGGUAUGGUCCUCAUAACUGUCUCAGUGAAUAAUCGACUCAGGUCUUCUCCAGCUAAUUAUUUCAUUGCAAGUCUAGCGGUCUCGGAUCUCCUCGUGGCUUUGGUAUCGCUGCCUCUAAGGAUAGACCAAAUGCUUCAUAACCACAACUGGUGUUUAAGUCUCGAGGCUUGCGCCCUGUGGAUUUGGUCCGACAUGAUUUGCAGCGGAAGUUCUGUGGGGAAUCUGGCCAUUAUAAGCAUGGAUCGAUAUAUUGCGCUGUCAAGACCCCUGCAUUACCGAAUGCAAGUCACAAGUCAGAGAGCUUUCGCUGGUAUAGCUUUCGUCUGGGUAUACUUCUCUAUAUGGGCUUGCCUUAGCUUCAUGAACUGGACAGAGUUUGGCACGCAGAGUAUUUUCAUAACUACAGAGUGUACUAAAUCGGAUCCAGUAUACUACACCGUUGUUUUGUCGACAGCGUUUUUUCUGCCUCUUCUUAUCUUUAUUUUUAACUACUGCAGGAUUUUUGGGAUCGCUAGAAGCCAAGCAAGAAAUAUCGCAAAAUCCACGCGCAGCUCCAAACUCAACCAAGUUUCGCCAGAAAGCACCGCGGCCCAACGAUCCUACGCCAGCAGGAGAGAGAGGAACUUCAAAGCCGCCAAAACCGUAGCGUUGGUCGGCUGUUGUUUUAUCAUAUGUUGGUGCCCGUUUAUCAUAAUCUUUAUUGUCAGUCUUUGGUGUGUCGAGUGCAUAUUAGACCUACAGAAACACACGGGACUAUUCAUGUUCAUAAAAGUCGUUUUCGUGUAUAUUUUACCGGCGAUUAAUUCGUGUCUCAAUCCAGGGAUCUAUGCAUUGUACAACAGAGAGUUUCGCCAAGCCCUCAAGGAGACUUUAUUCAAAAUGUUUGGCUGUGACUACUUUCGAAAAAAGGACAGCCGUGAAAUACCAUCCAUUAGCCUGCAGCAUACAAUAGGGAGGUCAGCGGAGGACCCCAACACUGGCACGCGCGUGGGGUACGCAUUGAAUGAAAGUUACACAAACGAUGAAGAAUGCUGAAAACUUAGGGCGACUUCUAGUAAAAACGCCCAAAUACUUCUAAUUACAAAAAGAAACUUAUCCUGAAAUAGAAAGAAAAGGGCUGCGAAGAAUUUUGGAUUGCGGUUCCAGUGGCAAAUCCAGGGUUUUUCAAAUGGCGGCAAUUUAUAAACUAAAAACUAAACUAUACUUGUGCCCCAUGAACAUGUUAAAACAAGGAUCAUUUUGCAUAAAAGGAAUGAUUUUAAUUAAACGCAUAGAACCAGAUUCGGAUUCGAUAAUGGAUUCAGUAAGAAUGUUUGGGUGAGAAUUCGCAAACAGCGCCUUUCUAAAAUUAAAAAGAUGGGUCGCCAAUAUCCCAAAGUACUUUGAAUCUAUUUUCUGCUGGGGACUGCCUUUCUGUUAUCGGGAACUUAGUUAUUUUGAAAAUGACCCUCUUAGCAAUGAAUGGCGGUAUAAGUACAGAUAACAAAGAGAUAAAAAGACAUUUUUUAAAAAAACACUGAGGAAAUCUUCUACAAUUUCGCCCUAGGGGAACGGACAAAGUAUCAAUGAAAUUGUCAUGUUUUUAAUGGAAGCAUGAAUUGUUACUUGAGAUAAAAUUUGCAAAUGUAUAUUCAAAAAUAAAGCGAUCAACAAUUGCA